AUGCAAGACGACAUCAUCACGAUCACGGCACAAUGCCUUUGUAAGGCGCACACGUUCACCACAAUCAUUGGGGAAAAAGUGCUGCCGCUGAAGGCCUCCUGCUGCCACUGCAACUCUUGCCGUCACGUCUCCGGCGCACUCUACUCUUCGUGCGCGCCCUGGCCCAACACAGAAGAAGAUCUUUCCGGCCUCGCCAAAUAUUCAUUCUCCGACCGUCUCGAUCUGUUCGCCUGCAAGACCUGUUCUUCGCGACUCUUCUGCUCCGGCGAGCCAACCCGCGGCGAGCCAUGGGUCGUGACCGGGGCGCUCGAGAACGCUCCCGGCCUGAUCGAGUACGCCAACCACUUGUUCCUCGAGGACACCAUCGACGGCGGAGCCUCCAUAUGGUUGCCGAAGAGUGAAAAUGUCAAGAGAUGGCGACAAAUGUACGGCCGCUUGGGCGGCGAAGAGAUGCCGUCUGACUGGCCCGUUGCUAAGGCGCUGUCUUCGGAGCAAUUGAAUGCCGGACCAUCGCCUGAGGUCACGCCCUUCUACUGCCAUUGCAAGGGAGUGAACUUUGUGCUUCGAAGUGCCGCAGACCUGAAGUCGAAGUCUGAAGAGGAGCUGAAGAAGUGCUUCAUCGACCCGAAGACUUUGAAGUACAGAGGAAGUUUCGAGUGCUGCGACUCUUGCAGGCUCAGCUUCGGAGCAGACCUCAUGGCCUGGACCUUUGCUCCUCUGAGUCACAUCGACUUUCCCGGGGACACCUCGGAAGGUUCCAAGUUCCCGGACGACAUCAACGCCCUCAAAGCGGCCAUCUCCUCUGAGAAUAAGGAUCCACGCCUGGGUACCCUGGCUUCGUAUCAGAGCUCCCCCGGGGUCGAUCGGUACUUCUGCUCUAAGUGUUCCGCCAGUGUCUUCUAUGCCGUUCACGAUCGACCGUGGCUUGUAGACGUCGCGGUUGGGCUGCUGGAUCAUCCUGAUGGUGCCCGCGCUGAAGGUCUGUUGUUGUGGUUUCUUGGGAGGAUCGGCUGGUUCAAAGACGCAGCUGGUGGAUGGCGGGAGGGACUUGCUGCUACGGCGAAGGAACUUCAACUGGAGUAUGCGGAGAAGACUCGAGGGACCGAUGGUUCUUCCACCUGA